UUUAUUUAAUUAAUCAACUCCUGAACUUACAAAGAAUAUCUUUGAAAAGUAUAGUCACCUCCUUAAUUUAGAAUAAAAACCUCCUCAUUAGAUUAUACCACACUUCAUGCAUCCUUCCCCACAAAAUCACCCUACAACGUUAACUCAUUUUUUUUAACCACAAUUUUCGCGUCAACUCUUUCCUUUAUUCCCUCUAUAAACCCCUUCUUCUCUUCAAACCAUUCUUACCUCCCCUCUAACCCUUUAAAAGUUCAUAAGCUAUCAUAACACAAAUAACAUAAAACUUACAACCCUUAUCAUAACCCCUUUUGUUGACAUUUUGUUUCAAAAUGUCGACAACGAUGAUUCGAAGGACUAUCAAGGCAAUAGCCUUGGUAGCAAUCACCUUGGCAAUGGUCAUGGCAAUAAGCUCCAUCAAUUUUAGCAACCAACAACGCGAGCAAACCUUUGCUCGCGAUGCAGGAUAUGUUGAUGACCAUGUUGAAGAACAAGCCGAGGAUGAUCACUUGUUACUCCCCUCUAAGAGGGUGAGCCGGUUCCUAGGUGAAGGUAACACUGAUGAUUUUCAACUCCAUGGAAGAAUCUUAAAGCCCGCGGAUCAUUGCCACAAGGAUUACGAGGUUUGUGACAUAAGGUAUGGUAAGGACUUUACUUGUUGUGGAAACAAGUGUUUCGAUCUCACCAUUGAUAAGAAGCAUUGUGGAUCUUGCCAUAACAAGUGUAAGUUCACGCAUGAUUGUUGCGACGGAAAGUGUGUAGACAAAACCUAUGACAAGAGGCAUUGUGGGAGAUGCAACUACAAGUGCAAGGAAGGACAAUAUUGUGUGUAUGGGAUGUGUGACUAUGCUUGAUUGAUUUAUAUCCCAUUUUGAGUCAUUAUUUAUUUGAGGUUUGUCAUAUUUAUUUAUCAAGUAAUAAAGAGCCACAAAUUUGUGGUGGAUUAUUUUCUGUUUUUAUACAAAAAAAAAAAAAA